AACUUCGAAAUCUCCAUAAAUUCCGCUUUUUAAAACCACUUCCUCUUUCAGAGACUGAUGUUUUCUUUCCACAGAUAUUUACUGAGCACCUGCCAUGAGAACGUAGGAUGUAUUGGAGUGGCAGCUAACUUAGCUUAAGCAGAGUGCUAGAUUUUCCAGGAGUUGGACCCCCUGUAAACCUCAGGACCCAUUGCUAGAAGGUUUUUCAACUGCUAAAAUUCAUUUUAUAUUAUGACUUCUGAAGAGAAGAAAGAAGACUAUCCGUUUGUGGAUAUAUUUGAUGAAGAUGAAGCAGAAAAAGACUUUAUGUUGUCUAAACCUGUUUGUUUUGUUGUAUUUGGGAAACCAGGUGUUGGGAAGACAACAUUAGCCCGUCAGAUAGCACAAGAAUGGAAAUGUAUUCGUGUAGAAGCUUUAACAGUUUUGGAAGAACUGAUUGCCAGUGAAACCGAAUCAGGAGUUAUGUUGCAGUCAAUGCUGGUCAGUGGUCAAAGCAUUCCAGAUGAACUUGUCACAAAGCUAAUGUUGGAGAAGCUCAGCUCCCUAGAAGUCUCUCACUUUGGUUAUAUUAUCACUGAAAUACCAUCACUUCCACAGGAUGCCAUGACUACUUUGCAGCAAAUAGGCUUACUUAAAAAUUUACAUUUGAAACCUGAUAUUAUAAUCAAUAUUAAGUGCCCUGACUAUGAUUUAUGCCAGAAAGUUUCUGGGCAAAGGCAGCACAGUACUACAGGGUACAUCUAUACAAGAGAUCAGUGGGACCCGGAAGUCAUUGAGAAUCGAAGGAAAAAAAAGAGAGAAGCCCAAAAAGAAGGAAAAGGAGAAGAUGAAGGGGAAGAGGAAGAAGAGCAAGAAGAAGAAGAGGCAUUUAUUGCCGAAAUGCAGGUGGUGGCUGAAAUUCUUCAACAUUUAGUUCAGAGGCCUGAGGAUUAUUUGGAAAAUAUUGAGCACGUCGUUCAACUUUAUAAGGACAUACUUCUUCAUGCUUUAGAAGAAGUAAUGGCUGAACACAAUCCCCAGUAUUUCAUUGAGCUAGAUGGAAAUAAGCCCUCAGAGGAGCUCUUCAUGACGGUUAUAGAUCGACUUAAAUUUCUGAACCUAAGAAGAGCAGCUAUUUUAACAAAACUUCAGAGUGCAGAGGAAGAAAUGAAUGACACAAUGGACACUGAUGAGCUGUUUCAUACUCUUGCAUCUUAUAAACUUAUUGCACCAAGAUAUAGAUGGCAGAGAAGCAGAUGGGGGCGAUCAUGUCCUGUGACUUUAAAAGAAGGUAACAUUUAUCCAGGAAUGGCAGACUUUUCUGUAAGUUUUCUAGGUAAAAUGUACUGUCUGUCAUCAGAAGAAACAUUAAAAAUGUUUUUAUUGAACCCACGUCCCUAUCUUCUCCCACCUAUGCCGGCACCACCAUUUAAAGUAUUCGUAUUUGGACCUCCAUGUUCAGGGAAAACAACACUUUGCAAUUUGCUUGCAGAACAUUACAAAGGAAAGGUAGUUGACUAUGCCAAACUUGUUCAACCACGUUUUGAUAAAGCCCUUGAAACGUUAAUAGAAAAUACUAUAGCUGAAGCCACUGAAGAGGCUAUUAAGACUGUGAAAGAACGGCUUCUCACAGAAGCAGAAGCUAAAAAACAAGCUUCAAAAGAUCCUGAAAAAGAACCUAAAAUGAAGGGAUCGUCCAAGUUCCUAUCUGAUAAAAGUUUGGAAGAGACGUCCUCUCCACUUGAAGAUGCAGUUUCUCAAGAAUCCCAAAGAGAAAGCUCUUUAGAGGACAAUGAAGGAGCCAAAACGAAGUCAUACAGUGAUCAAACUGCUAAAACUGAAGUCUUAAUACAAGAGGUAACUGCAGAUCAUCCAGAGGUUCUUUCUAUGAUAAAUGAGACUGUGAAAAUGACAAAGGAUAUGAACUUUGAACAGCCAUAUGAAAAAUAUGCUGAAAUCUUAGAGGAAGUCCUGGAAGAGGUAGUCGAAGAAAACAAGAACAGGUUUUCUGGUGCCCCAAAAUAUGGGGGAUGGAUAGUAGACAACUGCCCUAUUAUAAAAGAACUGUGGACAACCUUAGUCGAGAAAGGAAUUAUACCAGAUUUAGUAAUAUGUUUGUCAGAUACGGAAAACAAUGGAAAAUGUUUACUUAAUAGGCUGUAUUUAGGGAAUAAGCCUGAAAUCGACUCUCAGAUAUUUGAAAGAUUAUUAGAUGAACUACAGAAGGAAACUGAGGAAGAAGCAGCAAGAAAAGCCAAAGAAGAGGCAUUGAGAAUGGAAGAAGAACAUCAAAGGCUGUUGGAAGCUAUGGAUGAGAAAACAAAAGAAGCUGAAGAGGCUGACCUUGAAGCUUAUGAGGAGCUUGAAGGUGAGGAUGCUGAUGUUCCUGAGGCCCUUGAGGAGGCUGGGGGAUUCUUACCUGAGGAGCCUGAAGUGUCCGAGGUUCCUGAAGCAGAAUCUGAAUCAGCAUUUGAGCCUCCUGAGGAAAGUACAGUUGGAACAGAAAUUCCAAAAGAAUCCAAAGAAGGCCUGGAAACUCAAUUAUCUCAAACAGUUGUAUUACCUGAAUUUCCUGAAGAUGCUUAUCCUGAUGUUCCUGAAAUGGAACCAUUUAAAGAGAAGAUUAAAUCUUUCACCUCCAACUGGAAAUCUCUGGAAACAGCAAUCACUGAAUCUUUCCUUCAAAUUUUCAAGUUGGAGAUUGCUGGCAAAACUCCGGAGGAACUACUUCAAAAAGCAAUUGAGACUAUGGAAAAACCUUUCCAGUAUGCUAGGUGGGAGUUUAGUAUAGAAGAUUAUGAAGAAGAAACAGAAGACUUUCAGGCUGAAGCAGAGGUUGAAGAGGAGCUGGAAGAGGAAGAAGAGGAAGAGGAAGAGAAUGAAGAUAGAGUGAAAGAAAAGAAAAGGCAUUUCGGAGACACAAAGCACUUUUGUCCAGUGGUUCUCAAAGAAAACUUCGUUCUUCAACCAGGCAACCCAGAAGAAGCAGCUAAAUAUCGAGAAAAAGUGUACUACUUUUCAAGUCCUGAGGCUAAAGAUAAAUUUUUGGAUCAUCCUCAGGAGUAUGUGGCUCACAAUGAACCAUUAAAGGCUCCUCCAUUAAGAAUAUGCCUUCUGGGUCCCCGUGGCUCUGGCAAAACUGUCUGUGGAAGACAGUUAGCAGAAGACUUUGGCAUCUUUCACAUUCAGUUUGAAGAAUUUCUACAAGAAAAACUAAUGCUCAAAACUGAAAAGAAAAUUGGACCUGAAUUUGAAGAAGAUGCUGAGGAAGAACAACUUGCAAAACAAGAACUUGAAGAGCUUGCGAUUCAGGCCAAUAUCACAAUUGAAGAAGAAAAUACAAAGAAGCCGCUUCCAGAAGUACAGUUUACAGAGGAAGAAGAAGCAAUCAAGUUAAGCCUAAUGGAGAACGAACCACUGUCUCCUGAAAUCCUCGACCCAAUUCUUUCUGAGUGGUGGUUUAAGGAACCAAUCCGUUCCACAGGUUUUAUAUUAGAUGGUUUCCCACGAUAUCUUGACGAGGCCCAGUUUCUGGGGGAACAUGGAUUUUUCCCAGAUGCUGCUGUUUUAUUACAAGUUGAUGAUCAAGAGAUUUCUGAUCGCCUCCUGCCUCCCCAAAUUGAAAAGUGGAAACUGAAACAGAAGAAGAAAUUAGAAAGGAAAAAACUCAUUAAAGAAAUGAAGACAAAAAUCAGGGAUGAUAUGAUUGCUAAAAGAAGGGCUGAACUUAUAGCAGAGAAAGAGAAAAAAAAGAAAGAGGAGAUUGUUAAAGAAGAUGAAGAAAUUAGUGAAGAAGAGCUUGAAGAUGAAGAUGAUGAUGUUGACAAUAUCCUCGAAGAGGAGUUUCCAAAAGAGGAGGAAGCGAUGAGUGAGGAAGAAGACGAACAGGAAACUGAUGCACUUGAACGCCUAAAAGGUGAACUGGGAGAAAAAUUUGAAACAGAGCUGCAUAAUUUACAAGCAAUACAGGAGGAAUUUGAGAAGUUAUCGAUACCAGUAAUUCCCAUUAAUGGAGCUCGGAAAAUCCGCAUUGUACAAUAUGUGUUGAAUACAAAACUGAAACCACUGGUGGAGAAUCGUGCAAGCAUUUUUGAGAAGUGUUAUCCGAUAUCAACACACCUUGCCCAGAAACUGCUCAGCUUUACCUAUAAAUACAUUAGCACAUUCGGCUACCGGGACCCUGUAAAGCUAAGUGAAGGAGAGACAAUCAAGUCAACUGAAAAUUCAGAGAAUCCAGUUUAUCCUGUAAUCCAUCGUCAGUAUAUUUACUUUUUAUCUAGUAAGGAAACUAAAGAAAAAUUUAUGAAGAACCCCAUAAAAUAUAUUCGCCAACCCAAACCUAAGCCUAAUAUGCCCAUUAAGAUUGCAAUUGUGGGGCCUCCAAAAUCUGGGAAAACUACAGUUGCCAAAAAAAUUUCAAGUGAAUAUGGUUUAAAGCUUUUGUCCAUAGGCAAAGCUUUGCGUUAUGUAUUAACCAACCAACCAGACACAGAGCUGGCACUUAUGUUAAAUUGGCAUCUUCAUAAAGGAAUGACAGUACCUGAUAAACUGGCUAUUGAAGCCUUAGAAAUAUCUCUGUUGGAAAGUGCAUGUAAUACUGCAGGUGUUGUCAUCGAUGGAUAUCCUGUAACUAGUUAUCAAGUGAGUCUCUUGGAAACCAGGUCAAUAAUCCCCCUGAUCAUCUUUGAGUUAGAUGUGCCCUCCAAGGAGAUUUUCAAAAGAUUGCUCCUAGAGAAAAAAAAGGAACAAAGUUUGCCUUAUCCAUUACACAAUAGCACACAGAUUACAGCUGUCAAGAACUCAAAGUACCGCAAAAAUGUUGUUGAGAUUAGGCAAUAUUAUCAAGAACAACAUCAGAACUGGUAUGUGAUUGAUGGAUUUCACAGCAAAUGGUGGGUGUGGAAUGAAGUUAUAAAGAACAUUAAAGUGGUGCAUAGAUACAUGCAGAUAUACCUGGAAAGAAUAAAAGCAGGGAAAGCUGCCUGUAUUGACAAGCUGUGCAUCACACCUCACGAACUGAUUUCUCGCCUGGGCGAAUUUGGACAGUUCUGCCCUGUCAGCCUGGCAGAAUCAUAUGAAUUAGUUGAUUGCUCUUUAACUAAGUCCUUGGAAUUUGCAGCCGAGUUCAGAGGGCAUUAUUAUAAAAUGUGUUCUCAGGAAAAACUGAAGGAAUUUUUGGAGAACCCAGAAUUAUAUGUGCCUCCAUUAGCACCUCAUCCACUCCCACCUGCCAACAUGAUCCCCAAAAGGCUGACACUGUCAGAGCUGAAGGAACAGUUCCCUAAGUGUGCUGAGCUCCAAAGCUACUGUCCAGUGACCUAUAAGGAUGGAAAUCAAAGAUAUGAAGCCCUAGUACCUGGUAACAUUAACUAUGCCUUAAAAUAUCGUGAUCGUAUAUAUAUCUGUGAAAGUAGUGAAAAACUUGAGAAAUUUUUGAGGUUGCCACUGAAAUACUGGAAGCAGAAGCUUCCAUACAAACUUCCCCCGUUAAAGGAACCAAUACAUCUUACUAGUCUUCCCCUGCCUGGAUAUCUGGAACAGGGUGUCGCAACUUCUCUAAUUAAAGCAAUGAACGCCGCAGGAUGCUUAAAACCCAAAUUUCCCUUCUUAAGUAUAAAGAAAUCUGCGCUACUCUAUAUAGCAUUUCAUCUAAAAGCCUUUAAUCCCAAAGGUUCUGAAUAUACAAGAAAAAAGUAUAAGAAGAAGAUGGAGCAGUUUAUAGAGAGAUGUGAACUCAUUACAUACCUGAGUGCCAAGAUGACCAGAAAAUACAAGGAACCUCAGUUUAGACCCAUUGACUUUGAUCAUAAAUUACAGACCUUUCUCUCUCUCAGAAAUAUAGACCCAAUUAAUGAAUAGUUUGCUUGGGUAACUGCAACGAGAAUCUCAAGAGUUAUCUGAAUGGCAUAGAGGGAAAUAGAUUGAAAACUGGGCCCUCUCUGAUGAACUUCUCCCUCCUGAGUGCUAUACCAUGGCUGCCAGACCUCAAAUGGACUCAAAGCUCUGCCAUCCAGGAGGAGUGCUCUUCUGUAAACAUAAGUUUUAAUAGAAUUUUAAACUUUAUUGCUCUUUGCCUGAAAUUUGAUGCUGUAACAAAAUGGCUAUUCCAUUUAGAAUUCCAUUUAGAGUAUUUAGGUAAUUCAUUUUACUUAAUAAAUCUAUUGUUCAUUUUCCUUUUUAACAUCAGUUGAAAAAAACCAGUCUUUGUUAAAGAAAAUUACUCAGUAACUGUUAGAAAGCUUCAAGAAACAAAAUUAACAUUGAUAUCAAUAGCAUAGAAAUAUUCGUUACACUUUUGAAAUAAGGAGUUGUGUGUAAACUUUAUGAACAUAAGGUACUUUAUCAUUUUCCCAACAAAAUAAACAGAUUUUGAG